AUGUCAUCAAGCAAGCCUGAGAGUGUGGAAGGCCUUUUACUGUGGCUCAGCGAAAAUGCAUUUUGGAAUUCAGACCUUUUGGAGAUAAAGGAGUCCAAAUUUGGCGGUGUGGGUGUGUUUUGGGCCUUGGGACCGGAUCAAGAUCCUGAAAAUGACAAUCUUCUUCUAAGAAUACCAAAGCUGGCAGUGUUGUCGCCUAAAAACUCGUUUCUUUAUACUCUCUUAAUUGACUACGAGCCAAAAACAACUGAGAUUGACUUGAGUGAGGGGAUGCAUUCAUUGGUUCUCACCUUCAUCUACGAGAAGUCAUUGCGCGAGCAAUCACCUUGGCAUUCAUAUUUUGAAUCUUUUUCUGAUGAUGCAACCGCUGUUCCAGUGUGUUUGUGGACGGAAGCUGAAAAAUCAGCCCUCUAUAACUCAGAGUGUGACCUUCUAGGCAUGCUAGAUGCCGCAGAAUUGGCCAACUUCUAUCUCGAGUGUGUAGCAUUUGCAAAAGAAAAUCAAGCCUUUGUGCCAAUUCCUGAUAUUUUGAAAUCUUCGCGGGACGGAGUGGAGGAAUUAUCGAAGGAGGAACUUCAGGCUGGCCUCUUGAAGUUUGGCGCUUGUGUUCAGAGUGUGAUCUCUAGGGCAUUCACGAUAGAUAGGUUCUACGGACUCUCAUUAGUUCCGGGAGCUGAUCUCUUUAAUCAUCUCUCUCCAAUCAUGGUGGGUGAUUCUGCAAUCACAAGGGAGAACGUUCAUUUUGUAUGUGAUGACGCCGACGAUCUAUGCCCCGAAUGUGGUGAGCAUGGUUGUCUGCACCUAGAAGCGGAUGAUGAAAGUGAUUCUGAAGACAUUGAGGGCGAGGAACUACCAGAGGAAGAUGGAGACGAUGAGGAAAGCGAGCACGAACAAGAAGACGAACAAGAAGAUGAACACGAACACGAACACAAAAUACCUAGUCACAAAGACAAAUCGAAUGGCUCUCAUAAGCAUCCUGUUGAGCACGAAGUAGAUGCGCCUUCCUUGACGGAAAUCACAAUGGCUUUCGUUGAGGAAUUAGAGAAUGGCGAGAAAUCGGAAACUGAUUUGGACGACGAAGAGGUGUCUACACUUUCCUUGAGCGAGAAUGAGGAAUUUGACGACGAGGAAAGGCCAACUGUUGAAUCUGUCAAACAUGAAUUGGCCGCCGAACUCGAGGACGGCUCGAAAUGUUGCGACAUUGCACUCAUGAAACCGGCAGAAGAAUCAUAUGGCUAUGAGCUCUUCAAUACUUACGGUAACAAUUUGUCCAACCCUUACUUGUUGCAAAGGUAUGGUUUUAUCUGUCCAGAUAAUGUGAACGUCUCAUGCAACUUGAGCAUUCCCAUGUUCGCUCAUCUCAAGAAGGAGCGUGCAAGUGCAAAGAAGAAAAAGCAAUUGAAAGCAAAGCUUGACUGGUAUGAAGAAGUUGGUUUUGAUCUCUGCAAUGAUGCUUGCGCUAAAAUAAUUAUGCUGGAGUCUCGCGAUCACGACCACGACCACGACCACGAUCAUGAUCAUGAUGAGGAGGACGGCGAUUGUUGCAGUGAAGAGCCCGAAAUUGACUUGGCCGAUACAUGGCAGCUUUCGCCUCGGAUUGGUUCAGACGCAAAGCCGACGUUGCAGACUGUGGCCCUUGUACAUCUCUUGACGCUCCCAUUCAAAGAGUUUGAGCUGCAGCUAGUAGAGUGCAGCAGUCAACGGAAACUCGAGAAAAGAGUGGAAAGUAUGUUGGUAGCCAAGCCCUUGAACAAAGCAGAGGAGGCAAUCAUAAAAACAUGGAUUAUAGAGAGAUUGCGUCGGUACAAGUCUUCUCAAGAAUUGGCUGGCCCUAGAGGUGAGAUGAUCUCAGCCAUGAUCCAAGAGGAGAAAAAACUUCUCCUCAAUGCAUCUUCUAAACUCAAAUGA